GGGAAAGACGACAGUUGCGGCGCGAGAGCACAGGGCAGCGAAGUAAGUGUGUGGCACGAGUCGUCCCGGGAGUGCGGAAGUUCAAUGCGUCCUCGACGCACAAAGUGACUGAUGCGAGAUUCCAAACCUUCACAUUUGGGGCGAUCCAUUAACGGGUUGUUCUCUAUAUCCAAUAACUCAUCAAUGAUUUUUGGCUGCUCCAUCCUUUGUCCAAUCAGGAAGAGGAUAGCCAUCAUACAACGGACUUGAUGAUAGAGGAACGCCUGGCCUGUCACUUCAAACUGAAUUAGUAACAACAUCUGCCAAGGAGAAGUCAUGGAAGCUCUGAUGGGGCCAGAUCGGUACCAAUGGACUACUAUGGACUAUGAAGAUCGACUUAAAGCAGCUAUGGCCUUUAUCCGCCUUUGUGUGGAACAUGGAGGGGGAGACAGCUCAAGACAAGGCCGUGUUCCACCUCAGCUUGAUCCAUAUACAAAAGCUUCUGUGACCUCUGUGACCAGACCCAUGCUUCCUGUGAUGAUCAAACAUCCUCAGAUGGAACCCACUUUGCAACCAGAGGAGCCCAGAGUUCCUAGGAAACCUGUGAUGAAAAGGAAAGUUCUGAGGCGAAGACCCAACGGAGAAAUACAGGUGACAGAUGAAUCAAUCACCAGCGAACCUGAGUCCAGCAGUAUAAGUGACCCUGAGUAUGGGGAUCAGAGUCAGAGAACAUAUAGUCAGACUACUCAGCAGGAAGAUGAAGAGUCUGAGGAAGAAUGUGAGCCAAAGAGUUCCCCAGAAUCAGAGGCUGCUUAUUCCUGGAGAUCUUCAGAAGAGAGCCGGAGUUAUGAUUCUCAAAAAGAGAGCCAGUGCGAAAGCAGUCCAUCAUCUGAGCAGGACCUGAUCAUUACUGGCCAUCCCAAGUCCUUCAUAUUACCGAGAUUAGACCAACUGAAUCAAAACAGAAUGAAGACUGAUCGGGUAGCUCGUUAUUUGGAGCAUAAGCAUGACUGGGAGUCACUUCGGCUACCAGGGGAAGAUUCCAGGAAAAGUGUGCGAUGGAGCAUCCGGGAACAGAUGCUGUAUAAGACGGAAUUUCCUCCUCGGUCUCAGCAUAUUUAUAUACCCAACAAUUACCUGGUGCCUACUGAGAAGAAGCGAUCUGCCCUGCGAUGGGGAAUACGCUGUGAUCUGGCAAAUGGAGUUGUACCUAGAAAUUCUUAUUCAUCCUAGAAAUUCAGAGUCCUUAUAGCUGUAUUCACAGCAGCAUGUAUUACUUAGCAUCAUCUAAAAUGUUCCUAUUUUGUUUCCUUUGAAGUGUAAAUCCUGCUUAUUUUAAAAUUGCUUUGGCUUUCCAAAUUGCUACAUGCUGGUGCAAAAGAGGGUUUUUUUUGCUUAUUAAUACUACUUAAAAUGGUUGCUGCAAACUGAUCACUUACAUACAAAUAGUGACCUUUAAAAUAAGAUAAACUGCAGCCUACUGGAAUGUAUGUCAAGGAGAACAACUUUUAUUGAAAUAUCUAUUGUACCCACUUCUUCCUAAAGCAAUGAACUCCCGUGUGAAGUCACUUUUUAAAAUCUUCUAACUUCUAGAUACUAGUUAUUAAAAUGUAUUAUUGAAUAAAAAAUACUUCUUGUUUCUCUA